GACCUAAGGGUAGCAAAGUAGUUUCAACCAAUCAGCGCUAUGCCACCUCAGGUGUGGCGCCAGUAAUAUUUUUUAUUAACGAUAAUUUUAAGCACCUUCUUGUUGAUUGUUGAUGCGACGCAUAAUUUGUGACGCGCGCAGGAUAAGCGCUAACGCUUGACCAAGGCGCCUGCUACCGGUCAGGCACAAAGUCGGAAGUAACACCAAGUUUCAGUUUCAGUCGCACGUCGAUUAUUCGAGUGAUAAGUUUAUAGCCUCUGCUCCUAAACAGCGUUGCAAAUCGGCCACACAAAAUGCAGCAGCAAACCCAAUCAACGCCACUCGAUGUGGAGAACGUAAUUAAGUCCUCGAAUUCCACACCGACACCCGGUCCGCUGACAGCGCUACCCGUGCCACCACGUCCGUCUUCACCGCGUCAAUUCUUCGAACGUCUUUACGGUCAUCUAGAGACGCGAACACACAAUAGUGACAGCGAUGACAUCGAUGUGGGCACUCACCAUGAGACGCCCUAUCAGAGCGACGGCGGCAGUGCAUCCUCUCCGGAUAUCUCAAUAAGUGACGAACGCGCCUCACUAAUCAGUUUCCCGUCUUACGAAUUAAUCGCUCCUGCUCCGCCGGAAUAUAAUCCCUAUAGAACCAUUCCCAAUGCAACUUCACCGACCCUUCUGUCCUACCCGGCUUUUUCGGCUGAUGCUCAAAUCAACGCUGGAUUUUCAGCAUUUCUGGCUCGACGUCGGCGUAAGGAAGGGCGACAGAGGCGACAGCGCACCACAUUUAGCACGGAGCAAACGUUGCGGCUGGAGGUGGAGUUCCAUCGGAACGAGUACAUAUCGAGGAGUCGACGCUUUGAGCUGGCGGAGACGUUGUGCUUGACUGAAACUCAAAUCAAGAUAUGGUUUCAAAAUCGACGCGCCAAGGAUAAGCGCAUUGAGAAGGCGCAAAUUGAUCAACACUACAGGAACUUUGUCGUGGCCAAUGGUUUUAUGAGCACCAUCAUGGGACAAACGAGUUACGCGACGGCGGCAGCGGCGCCGGCUAACAGUACAGCGGUAGCAGCGGCGGCCAUGUUAGGCAGCGGCUACUAUGCCGCACCGGCGGCAAUGCCCGCCCUGCUGCCUACGUCGCUGCCCAAGGAUAGGCUCAUAAAUAACGGGCACAGUGCGAAUGGUAAUUAUGUUGACAUCGCGGACCACCACCAACAAGAACCAGACCAAACCCAUGUGCCUCCUGACCAACAGCAACAGCAACAACAACAGCGACAAAUACAACAGCCGCAGCAGCAGCAGCAUCGUCGCAGCCAUUUAGUGCCUCCGCCAAGGCUUAUCAAUUCGUGUUAAUAAUAAACCAGCUUUAAUUCAUUUUAUACUUAAACGUAUCCACAUUUUAAUUUAUUAACUGAUAAAAAACAGAAAAUAAACUAAGCUUAACUAGAAGUAGUUUUUGGCCAAUUUUACGUUGCCAAAACCUAGCUCUAAAUACUAAUGCAAAAACUUGUUACUUUGAUUUAGGAUUGGGCGGCUUUGACGUGUUUUAAAUUUUUAGCUUUAAAAAAGUCAAAGCACGCAUCACUAACUGGUUGGUUAUGAAUAUCUAUGGCAACAGUUUAUAUUUCGAACUUUGACGUGCAGUGCACACAUUUUAAGCCGCUUACCUCAGUUUACUGCAUUUGUGGUAUCUGCAAAUUGCCUUUUAAUUCAAAGGAAAAUAUUUUUUGAGAAUAUUACAAAUUUUACUAAACGAACGUAAUCAAAACCAACAAACAAACAAA